UGGAGGAGUAUGGUUGGAUUCAUUUUGAGGUACCCGAACAUCACAUUGCUCACAGGAUAUAGAUUGAUAUUCCUAAAUCACCGCAAUACAGGGUAGACGCAAUACGGCAGAAAUAGCGCGCAUGAUUGCCCGGAUUCAUCGCUGGAACAACGAACAGAUGGAAGGAGAUUCGGCAAAGAUUACGAUCUCUGUAGAGCUAGAGAAACCACGUGCCUCGAAUCUGGAGCUGCUGGUGAAGGGGAUCGAUUAUGUGUUUAUAGGAAAGGAUUUCGCUCGCUAUUUACAACACGAAGCGGCUCGAGCUGCGGUGGAAGGAAUCAAACGGCUGCAUCCCGGCCAAUACACCGUUAUCUGUCCAUGGGGAGCGAGCGAUACGGUUUCACAGGAUGCCGAAGGACGUUGGUACAGCCAACCUACGUAUCCGCCAUCCGUAAUACGUGACAGUCUCGGUGCGGGAGACACCUUUGUGGCUGGUUGCAUUUUUAAGUUGUUCGUAGGGAAAAGCACACUGCCGGAAGCCCUCGAAUAUGCAUCCCGCUUGGCUGGUGCCAAGUUGGCCCAUUUUGGAUUCGAUAUACCGGGUUAUAGUGUGCAAUAGAUAUUGAACAAAGGCUGCUCUGGUCACCGAAUGCUUCUGUUUUCACUGUUUCCCUUUAUUGCUCCGCUGCCUCGUGUACUCAGUUUCCAAAAAGAAAUCAAAGAAAUCGUUCUUUUACAAAUCCGUGCUCCCUUUAUCCUUAACAGCGAGCCGUUGAACGAACAUCAACUUCUAAGCACACACACACACAUAUAGACACGAACCAAUAGCGCCACACGUGGCGUAUUAAAUGUUUAGAACAAUGAGCAAACGUGGUUUUAACGAGAGAGGUUUCUGGUGGUGUGUGCGGUAUGUAGUAAGUAAUCCGCUUUAAUCGGCUUUAAUUAAAUCAGUUGGCAUUAACAUUUUGUUCCGCACUUGUUCACCACCCUCUCUA